CUGGCCUUAUUUAUUAUUUUCCAAUUUAAAGCCACCGAUGAGGACUCUUUAUUUCAGUUUUGUGAAUUAAAUUUAAUUUAAUUGAUCAGGGUCUUUGGUCCUCUUCGGUCUACGGUUUCUUUGUUUAACCAGGUCAUGCUUUUGAGGUCUUCAUUGAAAAAUCAAGGACAGACUUAUCAAACAUGUGUGUUUUGCACGGACAGUGAUCGGCAGUUUUAUAAGUGAGCCUGCUGAACUUCUCAGCUCAAGAUGUUUUCAUUGUCUAAGUUUCAAAAGAGACCAGAGAAUGGUUCAUAAAGGUGAUUUGGUUGUUAUUGGAAUCUCUGUUGGUUUGGCCCUUGGUAUCUUGAUCGCUUCACUCAUAUUUUUCGGCAUAUGGUGGUACAAGAAGCGUUCUAAUGUCCAACAGUGCUCAAACGAGCGUAUUCUUCCAACUCUUCCAAUACGCAUGAAUGGCUUGGGGACAAGCAAUGACUUUAGUGCAUCCCUUGCAAGUUCUAUUACCAUCCGGGGAUCAGAACACCCUCAGAAGAGCUCUCCGGUUUCUUCUUGGUGGAAUCAUCACAGUAAAGAUCAGUUUGCUUCUGCAUCAGGCAUACUUAGAUACUCUUACAAGGAUAUACAGAAAGCUACACAAAAAUUCACAACUGUUUUGGGACAAGGUUCGUUUGGUCCUGUAUAUAAAGCUGUCAUGCCUACUGGAGAAGUAUUAGCUGUAAAGGUUCUUGCUUCUAACUCAAAGCAGGGGGAAAAAGAGUUCCAAACAGAGAUUUCUCUAUUAGGAAGGCUGCAUCACCGCAAUCUUGUGAAUUUGUUAGGAUAUUGUAUAGAUAAAGGAAGCCACAUGUUGAUCUAUCAGUUCAUGAGCAAUGGAAGCUUAGCAAACCACCUUUACAAUGAUGAAGAGCGAUUUUUGAGUUGGGAAGAAAGACUUCAAAUUGCUCUUGAUAUUUCGCAUGGAAUUGAAUAUCUUCAUGAAGGGGCAGUCCCACCUGUCAUACAUCGUGAUUUGAAGUCAGCAAACAUAUUGCUGGACCAGUCAAUGAGAGCUAAAGUUGCUGAUUUUGGACUUUCAAAUGAAGAGGUCUUCGAUGAGCACAGCUCUGGCUUGAAAGGUACUUAUGGCUACAUAGAUCCAGUGUACGUAUCCACAAACAAGUUCACCGUGAAGAGUGACAUCUACAGUUUUGGUGUUAUCAUCUUCGAACUUAUUACAGCCAUCCACCCACAUCAAAAUCUAAUGGAAUAUGUUAAUCUUGCUGGUAUGAGUCCAGAUGGUGUUGAUGAAAUACUAGACAAGAAGCUGGUUGGAGAAUGCGACAUUGAAGAAGUGAGGGACCUAGCUGCCAUUGCCCGCAAGUGCCUGCAAAAAUUCCAAAGGAAGCGACCUUCAAUAGGAGAAGUUUCACAGGCUAUAUUGAAGAUAAAACAAAGGCUCCUCGAUAGGGAAAUGUCUAAAGAAUUUUCACGAGUUCUAAGCAGGAUAGAGGAUCAACAGGUGGAGUUGAGUAGGAUGGCCAGCAUAAAACAUGGCGACUGAAUGCGCAGAGGAUCCUUUUGCUCCGCUGGUUCUUUUCUCUGUUCUAAUCUCUCCCUGCUCAACUUUCGUCAAACCAUCAUGACAUACCACGAUGAGUUCUUUUAGAGAUGAUAAUGGGUAUAUAUCCAUUAAGUUUUUACUAUAUCCAUAUUCUAUUUAUUAUUCAUGAAAUAAAAAUUUAGAUAUUCAUAAAUAUUUAUAUAAUUUCAGGUAUUUGUAUAUAUAAGCAGUCUUAUUUAUCAUGUCAA